UAGUCUCACUGCCGGUUUAUCAGUUUAAGUCCCUGCUCUGUCUUUGCUCGGUCUGUGCGGUUUUUGUCUCAGUCUUUAAUCUCCGGCGUCACUGUGACACAGCAGCAGAAACACGGUGCCCAUCAGGUCAAUGCUCAUAUCAGCCAGCUGUGGAGAGUAUCGCUGUAUUGGCUACUUUUAACCGAGUGGUUUAUCUUGAAGCAGAGCUCUUUCAGCCGGCGGAAUCCUCAAGACUUUAAUCAUUAGAGCUAGUUUGUUAGCUGGCUCGUCAUUCAGCUUGGAAGUAGCUAACUUGGUAGCUAGCUAGUUUAUAAUCUGAGUUCUGAUAAUAGUCGUGGUAAGCCAUGGACAAUCAGGCGUCAACAUACAGUGUGAAGCUGUACAUUUAUGACCUGUCAAAAGGACUGGCCCGGCAGCUGAGUCCCAUGAUGUUAGGAAAACAACUGGAAGGAAUAUGGCACACAGCAAUAGUGGUGCAUGGAGCUGAGUUCUUCUUUGGGGGACAAGGGAUAGCAAGCUGCCCACCAGGUGGUACGUUGCUGGGAGAGCCCAACGCCAUAGUGGAUUUAGGAAAUACAGAAGUGAAUGUAGACCUUUUCACAGAGUACCUCUCAUCUCUAGGAGAGUCCACAUAUAGAGCAGACAAUUAUCAGCUUUUUGAACACAAUUGUAACAGCUUCAGCAACGAGGUGGCCCAGUUUUUAACAGGAAGAAAAAUCCCUUCGUACAUUACUGACCUGCCGUCUGAGGUGCUUUCCACGCCAUUUGGACAAGCACUGCGUCCUCUUAUUGAUUCCAUCAGUAUAACUCCACCUGGAAACAAUGCUAUGAAUGGGUACUAUGGGCAGAGGUAGACUUUGCUGUGCAGGAGAAUAUCUCUGUAAGUCUUUGAUUUUAUUGAGCACAAACAUGGUUCAUGACACCAUGUUGAAACAAGAAAUAUUUCUGUCCUUCCACUCAUCCGACCAUAUAUAUCUAUAUCGUUGACUGCCUCUCUAUGAUGCUCUUUUUUUCCUUGUAUUUUGUUUAGUUAGUUGGAAUAUUCUGCUAGAAAGUAUAUAAAGAACUGAUGUCCAUAAUUUGCUGGACUUAUUGCAAUAUUUAUGUUUAAAACUAGAGUAGUCCUGAAUGUUUGCAGGAUGUGACACAUGCACAUUGCUACUGUAUUCAUACUGAUACCAAAUAUCAAAAGAUGGGGAAAUGAGAAUGUAUAUCAUCCUGGGUAAUUGGGAAAGCACAGAAUAUCAAGUGUUAUAAGUGCACUUCUCUCACCAUUCGUAUUUCCUCCUGUUCUUCAUUGCCAUAUGUCAUCUGUGUUGGGCUCACUUGCAUUUGCCAUGUAAAUUUUGAAAGAGCUCAAGCUUUUGUAACCUAUUUUUAACCUUCAGAGUCUACUGUCCAAAUACUCUGCUUUGGUAGUCAGGUGGAGGAGUUGUUUGGGAAAGAAUAUUGAAAUAUAGACAAAUACCAGCUCUCUUUAAAUGUUGCAGAAUAAGGAUUGUGAGCUUGAGUUGCAGGUGGAUGUAUUUAAUACCUGAGAGUAGCAAUAAAAUAAAAAAUAUCAGCAAUAAAGAACACUACUGCUCAAAUGAUUGGAAUAACAUAUUAUUCUAUAGUAACUUACUUACAAUAAUGUAGGUAUAAAUAAUAUAAAUAAGACACCAAACUGUAUUUUUAUUCUUCAGUAUAUUUUGGAAAUGACAUGAUGUUAUUAACAGAGAUAUACAAUGUAUAUACAUAUACAGUAAUGUGCAAACAUUUUUUGCAACUUAAAAAGGUAUUUUUUGGCUGUUAGAGUUUCUGUGUCAGGAAAAACUCUAGUAGAAUUAAUACAAAUAAUAACUUUAAUACAAUAAGUAGUGGUUUUAUGUAUAUCAGUGUGUUUGCUCAACUAUUUCCAAACAUCUCCUCGACAAAGCCCAGUAUUAUUAGUAGUUAUCGCCUAACACCUGGUUUAGCUAAUUAGUACUUGCAUUAUGUUAAAUCCAGUGUGAUGGCUGAGGGCAGUCAGGAGAAAUCUGGAACCAAAAGCUUUUCUUCAAACUAGCUCACAAUAUGUCAAUCGCUUUCUUGAAACACUUGACCUAUUUGUGCAUUUUGACUCAUAUCUACAUCUUGUAAUGACAUAUGGUGUUUUUAUGGUGUAAAAACAGACUAAUUGCCAAGAUAAAAGCGUUUAAACAAUUUGCUUAGGUGUCUUUUGCACAGUACUGUGUCUAUUUUUGUAUGGUUAUUAAUUUAGUAAUUUCUUGUCAUAGAAUCUGCCUUAAGCUUUGCAACACAAGCCAUUCUGGGUUUUAAUUACAUUACAACAAGCAUAGCAACAUAUUAGAACGAUUUGAUAUAUCACUGCUGUUGGAAAAAAACCUUUUGUUGUUUUUCAGUUUUUGACAUAAUUUGAAAAUACCUGUUGCCAUUUACAUUGUAAAUUUCACGAUCAAUGGACUGAAAGAAAUGGCCCAAAACUACUUGGACAAAAGCUCUGGUUCCAUUGACUUACGUUAAAAAUAAAGUAUUUUUUUCCUUCUCCUGUAAAGUUACUAUUUUGGAGAUAGGAAGUUUUGUUCUAACAUCAACAUCUAUCAGCGAUAUGUUUAUGACCAGACUGGUUUUAUGUUCUUGAAAAUGUUGAUUCCGAACAUUUGAGCAGUAGUGUACUUCAUGGUAACAGUUCCAUUAAACACAAAUCCUUUAGUACCUUCUGAUUUUGCAUCCAUGUUCAUAACGAUGUAUCUAUCUAUGUUUAAUAAUGACAUUACUGGAUUCAUUCCUCAUAAUUUUGAAGUUUUUAGUCAUUUACACUGCUGAAUCUUUAGCUGAAUUUAUACCUCUGUAUUUAAUGUAAAAGUGUAUUUCUGUAUUUAUUGAUUAACAGAAAUUUGCAUUUUUGGCUUAAGGUGACUUUGUCUUUGUUUAAUUUUUAGAUUGUAUUUAUGGAUCAUUUAUGAAAAUAAGAUUUAAUACCUUGUAAAAAGCUCAGAUGGUCUGUUUGACUGGUGUAAUGAUGUAAACGGCCACUGAGGGGCAGAAGCCACACAGGUUUUGGCUGUGAAUGUUGCAGCUGAUGGAAUUUUAAUCCGGACCUGACAAAAAUAUUUAAAACUAUUUACAUUCUAAAUGUAUUCUUACUGAUUCACUUUUUCUGAAGUGUUGCACUUAUAACUUAAUAUGCUAUAAUUAAUAAACAUAUGUUGCUGUUUA